AUUUUUUGUUUCAAGAUGUUCGCAAACUAACUUUCACUCUGUUGAAACAUCUGUACUUGAGAAACUGUGGAAUAGUAUUUAAACAGUUGAAUCCCAUGUAGUCCGCUUCUUACUCACGGCAAUUACGAUUAAACGUUUCAAAACAGAAACAUUUGUAUUUUACCGUGGUCAAUCAUCAUUGAUGUAGCUAAACAGGGGUCUGAGUCGAUCGUCGAUUGAAUCGCUCACACAGUACAGCGAGUUGUGACAGUGCUGAACUCGAGAACUGUCAUCUGAAAAGGAGUGUGCUGCUGAGUGCUCGCUCUUUUCGAAUAGUAUCAACAAGACAGAGAUACCCGGAAGGCACGAAAGUUAAUUCAGGGGACUAGAAUGAAUCGUUUCAAGACCUCCAAAUUCAAAAACACCACCCCGAAGAUCGCCAAGAAAGAUGGCUGGAUCAGUAAUGUCCGGGCAGGAUCCUUCACCUCUCAGGGGAACCACAUCAAAUCCAGCACCAGGCUUGUGGCCUUCAACACUGACCAGGCCGGUGGAGGAAUGCUCGGCCUCACCUCUGUGGAACCAGGUUCUGAUGGCAAGUGGACAGUGACUGUGAUCCCAUGUCAUGCUGAUUUGAUAACUGAUUUGGACUUCUCUCCGUUUGAUGAUAAUCUCCUGGCUACCUGUUCUGCAGAUGAAACGGUGAAGCUGUGGCGUGUGUGUGAACCAGAACAGAAGCAGCCCGGGGGGGCGGAGGUGACCCUGUGUCCCGGAGAGGGUCGUCUGGAGCUGGUCGCCUUCCACCCCACCUCCUCUGGCCUGCUGGCUGUGGGCUCCACCAAGACAGCCCAGCUCUGGGACACCAGCCGCCAACAAUCACCGCUAGCAGCUCUGGAGCCGCACGGUGAUCAGCUGCAGAGUCUUAGCUGGAAACAGGACGGCUCCCUGCUGGCUUCCUCCUGCAAGGACAAAAAGCUGCGAGUCUUUGACCCACGAGCCCAGCUGAAACCUGUUCAGAGUGCCCAGGGACUUCAGAGUAACAAGGACUCUCGAAUCCUUUGGGUCAAGGACUCUGACCACAUACUGACCACUGGCUUCGAUCAGAUGCGGGGUCGGGAGGUGAGACUGUGGGACAGCAGGAAAUUGGGUUCCUCUCUGGGCUCUGCCAACCUGGGCACCUCCAAUGGGACCCUGAUGCCUUUGUUUGACCCUGACUCAGGCCUCCUCACAGUAUCUGGGAUGGGAGAUAGUGUCAUUGACUGCUUUGAGGUGUCUGCCACUGAGCCAUUCCUUUCCCAAGUGAGCCACUGUCUGACGGAAGCCCCAACGCGAGGCGUUGCCAUGGUACCCAAGUUGGCAUUGGAUGUCCUGUCCUGUGAGGUCAUGCGGGUCCUGCAGCUGACGGACAGCUUCAUCGUGCCAAUCAACUACCACGUGCCCCGCAAGUCAGGACAGGAGUUCCAUGCAGACCUGUACCCAGACACCUUGGGCCGGACAGCAGCCAUGUCAGCUGCAGAGUGGUGGAAAGGUGGCGAGAAACAGGUUGAGAAGGUCAGUGUCAACCCAUCCAAUCAUCAGAAGCCUAACAACGCUAAGCCAGCCAAUCAGACGCCUGCUAAGAAAGAGCUGCCCAGUGGGAGGAGCAAAGAGGAGGCUCCAGUGCGAGGCUGCUCCACCUCCAGCAGUCCCCUGAGCUCCCCCAGCAGCAGUGCUGCCCCGUCCCGCUCCCCCUCCUCCACCUCUGGCCUCUCCUCAGGCUUCCUCCCCAGCCCCAGCCAGAGUGCCAAAGCCAUCAGCAGCAUGUUGGGUCCCAGCAGUAAGUUUCGUCACCUGCAGGGUGCGGUGCUUCACAGAGACACCCACUUCACCAACCUGAAGGGGCUCAACCUCACCACGCCCGGGGAGUGUGAUGGCUUCUGUGCCAACCGCCAUCGCGUGGCCGUGCCCCUCGCCACCGCCGGGGGUCAGAUCGCCAUCUUUGAGUUGUCUCAGGCUGGGAAGCUAGCGGACACGGGCCUGCCCACCAUCCAGAACUCUGUCAACGUGGCUGACUUCUCCUGGGACCCCUUCAACAGUCACAGGCUGGUGGUGGCAGGCGACGAUGCUAAGAUCCGUGUGUGGCAGGUGCCUGAGGGGGGUCUGACAGAGACCCUGACUGAGCCAGAGACCAUCCUGCAGGGCCACACUGAGAAGAUCUACUCAGUCAAGUUCCACCCCCUGGCGUCGGGCCUGCUGGCAUCCUCCUCCUACGACCAGACGGUGCGCCUGUGGAACCUGGAGUCUGGGGACGAGGUCAAAGCGCUCCGGGGACACCAGGAUCAGAUAUUUGGGAUGGCGUGGAGUCCGGAUGGUAAACUCCUGGCCACGGUGUGUAAGGAUGGGAAACUGCGCAUCUACGACCCUCGCAAGUCUGCUGACCCAGUACAGGAGGGUGCAGGUCCUGAGGGCCACAGAGGGGCUCGUGUGGUGUGGGUGUGUGACGGAAAAUACCUGAUGGUGUCAGGAUUCGACAGUCGCAGUGAGAGAACCCUGUACCUGCACUCCGUUGAGUCCCUGUCCUCCGGGGCCAUCGCCAGCGCCCCCACCGACGUCUCACCCUCCACCCUCAUUCCCUUCUACGACCCCGACACCAGCGUCGUCAUCCUCACCGGAAAGGGUGACACGCGAGUGUACAUCUUUGAGAUAGUGCCAGAAGCUCCCUAUUUCCUGGAAUGUGCCAGCUUCAACUCCUCAGAGCCCCACAAGGGCUUGGCCUUCCUGCCGAAGACUGAGUGUGUGGUGCAAGAGGUCGAGGUGGCCAGGGGUCUGAGGCUCAGUAAGACUUCCAUAGAGCCAGUGGCCUUCAGAGUCCCCCGCGUCAGAAAAGAGUUCUUUCAGGAUGAUGUGUACCCAGACACAGCAGUGUGGUGGGAGUCUUCUCUGACAGCCUCAGCCUGGCUGGCUGGUUCUGAUGGGAAGCACCAGUCCAUCAGCCUCAAGCCCAAAGACAUGACCCCAGUGAGUGAGGCGCCCAAGGAGGUCCAAGUGAGAAAGUACCUUCCAUCCUCUCACUACCUGGAGGAGAAGACUGACGAGCAGAAGAAAGAUGAGCUGUUGAGUGCCAUGAUAGGCAAGCUGGGGAACAUGGACGACAACCCUCUACCACAGGAGUCCUUCCAGGGAGUAGAAGACGAUGAGUGGGGUGACUAGUGUGUGUUGCCUUGCGGACCAAUCAGGGUCCAGCAGUAGCCAAGGGCCUGUUGGACUGAAACGUGUCAUUCCUGUGUGCCACUGAUGUGUCCUAUGUCAAAAGAACAUCUCUCAAACACAUAACAUUAACCUGUCAUUAGGGUUGUAAAAUUCUGUCAACAAAAUGUCUAGGUUUUCCAGAAAUACCAAUUGGAGAAUUCUUGGAUUUCCUGCUUGUUUUCCUGGGAAUUUUAGGGAAAGUUACCAGACUUUUGCAGCCCUACCUCCCAUAUCCUCGUAUCAUCCUCUAAUACUCUGAGUAAGUAGAUGUUGCCUCUAACCAUUGACUGAAUCAGGAUCAGAUAUGUUUUCCUCCUCAUAAUGUUUAAAGGUAGGACUGGGGUUUGGGAAUCUGAUCCUAGGUCUGUUGUUAAAGGCAACCUCACCCCCAAUUUGACCUUUGACUUGCAGCUGCCUUGUACUGUAAAUAGCUAACAUUCCUACCAGGCUAGAUAGUUAAAUGACUCCCAACACUCCCUUACAACCCAGCCCUUACCGCCACACUGGAUGGACACCUGUGUGUCUGUCACCACUCCUAACCUUACACCUGUGUGUCUGUCACCACUCCUAACCUUACACCUGUGUGUCUGUCACCACUCCUAACCUUACACCUGUGUGUCUGUCACCACUCCUAACCUUACACCUGUGUGUCUGUCACCACUCCUAACCUUACACCUGUGUGUCUGUCACCACUCCUAACCUUACACCUGUGUGUCUGUCACCACUCCUAACCUUACACCUGUGUGUCUGUCACCACUCCUAACCUUACACCUGUGUGUCUGUCACCACUCCUAACCUUACACCUGUGUCAUAAUAAUAAUGACUAGACCACUGCUUGCUUUUUUAUGGGCCAAUAUGAACCAUAGUCCAUAAUCUUCUAAACACAGUAACUAUGAAAAAGUCAAACGCAUGCACCUGAAUACAGUAUCUAUGGUCUUCCAGAUGUACCACCUCCUAUGCAUCACUAUACAUUAACACACACACACACACACACACACACACACACACACACACACUCACACUCCACCUGGAUAUCCCAUCUGCACCUCCAGCUCCUGUAGUCCGUGGAUGUUGGAUGGUCUGUGGUAUCCCCAUACGGCCUCAACAAGCACACAGCAAAAACACACAGACAGGGUACAACAGGGUAAAAACAGCCUUCAGGUUAAAGCAUGGCUGGCUUCUAUUGAUAGGAAUAUAAUAUUGUUUUGUUGUUUAGGUAGCUUCAUUCUCUGGCCAGUGAUAAAGACCUACUAACAGUCCUGUACCACUCCAGGGUCGUGUUCAUUAAUCACCAAACGGACGAAAACAACCUCAAACAGGGAGGGAUUACCUGGAUUUUCGUUUUCCGUUGCAAAGCAUUUCAAAACGUUUUCCGUUGCGUGCUGUAAUGAACGUGACCCAGAUGCAUAUCUUAGUUCAGCCACCAGAUCUCGGGAGAUAGUUUAUAGCAUCGGGGCUGCGCUCUGUUUUGGGGGACUCUAAAAUGUGUGUGACGUUCUUACAUGUGGGUGUCAUGUAUUGAAAAGCCAAAACACCCCCUGUGGGAGUUGUACAGGAGUGUGUCUGUGGAUCUCUGAGGUUGUAAUGUGGUGGGAAGUAGUAUGUAUCUGUACCUUUCUUUCUAGAUUGAUAGACUGUAUAACUGGAAUUCCUGUACCUCAUAUGUUAACACUUCGUCUUAAGACUGUUAUUGAAGUAUUCCUCACUAAAGGAGCUCAUUCUUUUAUUAUACUGUAGUAAACAAUCAUUUUGUUACUUUUUCUUAAUAACUUACAGUAUUAUUACUAUAUGAUGCAAUCACAGCAGCCAUGAUCAAGACUAGUACAACACAAGGCAAUACUUUUAAUAGGCUAAUCCAAGUCUGAUCGAACCAAUCAUGUUGUUUACAAUGACAGAAAGACUGGAACCAACCAAGCAUUCUUGAAUAGUAGUCAGACUCACUGAGUUUACACAGGCAGUAAAAUUCUGUCAUGUGUUUUUUAAUUGGUCUUUAAACCAAUCAGAUAAGAGCUUUUUGCCAGUACUUGGGCAAAAUAUCAGAAUUGGGCUGCCUGUGUAAACGCAGCCAUUGUGGAGUACUUGACAAGUGAACAGACACCACUGCAUUGACUGUAGGGCCUAGAUAUUGUUGGUGUCAGUGAUUGUGUGUUUGUCAUGUGUUUUGUGCCUGCAAUCUCUCAGAUGUCUUACAUUGUUCUUUGGGAAAUUAACAAAAAGAAAAAUCUCUUUUAUACUUUGAAUAAAGCAUUAUUUCUCUGUCCGUCUUAUGAAUAAUGGUUUUGUGGGAAUGUUCAUGUUGCCUUGCAAUAAACAACUGUUUGAACCUUG